AUGACCUCCAAAGACGCCAGCACGGGAGGCGACAAUGUCAUUCAGCCCGUGACGAGCGCGCAAGCUGCUACCAACGACGAUGGCAUUGACAAGGCUAAGGCGGAUGCCUCUGGUGCCAAUGAUGCAGCAGCCCAGUUUCUGGCAACCGUUGGUCCGUUCCCUCCAAUGACCCCAGAGGAGGAGAAGAAGCUGGUCCGCAAAAUUGAUCGUUGGAUGAUUCCCUUGCUGCUGUUCAUGGGACUCUUUGCUGCUGUUGACAAAGUUCAGUUGGCUACUGGUGAGCUUUACGGCUUCAGCAAGGACACUGGCUUGGUCGGUCAGCAAUACAGCUGGUUAGGCAGUAUCCUGUCUCUCGGAAUGUUGGUCGGUAUUUGGCCAUCUACAUACCUUAUCCAUCGUCUUCCGGCCGGUAAAUACCUAGGUGGCUGCUCCAUGUGCUGGUCCAUCAUGACCCUGUGCAUUGCAGCUUGCCACAACUGGGCUGGUCUGAUGGUUCUACGAUUCCUGAUGGGAUUCUUUGAGGCCAUCAUCAAUCCCGGCGCUACUCUCCUCAUAUCUGUCUUCUGGAAGAAGUCGGAGCAGCCCAUCCGCAACGGCAUCAUCAUGACCGUCUUCUCGUCCGUGGUCAACGGAUUCCUCUCCUGGCUCGUCGGCUUGAUUCCCGAGGAUGCGCCCCUUGCUCGAUGGCAAUAUCUUUACCUCCUCACGGGUUCAAUGAACGUGCUCUACUCGAUCUUCAUGCUCAUUUACCUGCCCGACUCCCCCAUGAACGCCCGGUUCCUCACCGUCGAGGAGAGAUGGCACGCUGUGCAGCGUCUUGCCGAGAACCGUACCGGCAUUGAAGGCAACAAGUGGAAGUGGGAUCAGGCCUUCGAGGCUGUCAUGGAUGUCAAGAUCUGGAUCAUGUUUCUCUUCAACAUCUCGGUCAACAUUCCCAACGGAGGCCUCAUCACUUUUGGAGCCAUCAUCAUCAAGAACCUCGGAUUCGAUCCUCAGAAAUCUGCCCUGCUCUCCAUGCCCAAUGGCAUCAUCUCGUCGAUUUCGGGCUUCAUAGCCUCCUACUGCGCUGCAAAAUGGGUUGGCCGCCGUACCUUUGUCGUCAUGAUUGCCAUCUGUUUCCCCCUUCUUGGAACGGGACUCGUCUACGGCCUCCCAAGAUCCAAUAUUGGAGGCCAGCUAUUUGGACUGUAUAUGAUGUACUGCUACUGGGCCCCAUACGUCGCUGCAAUCUCCCUCCCUCAAGCAAAUACGGCCGGCAGCACAAAAAAGGUAGUCACAUAUGGUAUCCUGCUCCUAGGCUACGGUACAGGCAACCUCAUCGGGCCCCAGACCUUCCGCGCCAGCCAAGCCCCCGCGUACACCGGUGGCACUAUUGCCAUGCUGGUCUGCUACUGCACGGCUAUGUUGCUCAUGCUCGUCUACUUCCUUGUGGCUUCUUUGGAGAACCGCAUCAAGGACCGCAAGUACGGCUCUGCGCUUAAGGUCGACGAGGACAAUCUCAAUGCUCUGUUUGAUGUUUACCAGGAUCUGACCGAUAAGAAGCAGGAGGAUUUCAGAUAUAUACACUAG